UCAAUUUCAACCACCAACCCCGACGUAUAUUUUAUCCUAACAUGCCACCUGAUUUGAUGUCACGUACGCUUAUUUAAAGGCAUGUUCUAGGCAUGCAUGGGGUAUCGAAACUAACAAAAACAGACAACUAAGAGAUGGCACCAUCCGAACCAGAAGGCCCGAACUGCACGGAAAACGACAGUCAGAAAGCGAAGUCGCCGGCGGAGAACGAUGGCCAAUGUAAAAAGUCACCGUGCAAAUCGAAGGACACAAAAACGGCAAAGCAGAACAAAGAGAACGUCACACGUGUGGUCGUUGUUGCCUUAACACCGGACAGACGGAGGGAGACAUGGAACAAGAAGGUGGAGUUCCUGCUGGCCGUCGUGGGCUUCGCCGUCGACUUGGGAAACGUCUGGAGGUUUCCUUAUAUUUGCUACCAAAAUGGAGGAGGUGCCUUUCUAAUUCCAUACACAAUAAUGUUGGUGUUUGGAGGCCUUCCUCUGUUUUAUAUGGAACUGGCUUUAGGACAGUUCCAUAGAAGUGGUUGCUUAACUAUAUGGAAAAGAAUAUGUCCCGCAUUAAAGGGUGUGGGUUACGCGAUCUGCCUGAUUGACAUCUAUAUGGGGAUGUACUACAACACUAUCAUCGGUUGGGCUUUGUAUUACCUCAUCGCUUCCUUCCAGGCUGAAUUGCCGUGGACAAAAUGCCAUAACAGCUGGAACACGCCGUUCUGUCGUCCCGUCACCGAUGCACUUUCCAAUAUGACCUCUUCCAGUCCCGCCAGAGAAUUUUUUGAACGAGAGGUGCUAGAACAACAAAAAUCAGACGGCCUUAACAGAAUGGGACCUAUAAAACCUGCUCUUGCAUUAUGUGUUUUUGCAGUUUUUAUAUUAGUUUAUUUCUCCCUUUGGAAAGGAGUACGAAGUACUGGAAAGGCUGUGUGGAUAACAGCAAUCGCUCCCUACGUGGUCCUCAUCAUCCUCCUGGCACGGGGCGUCUCGUUGCCCGGUGCCGCGGAAGGUAUCCGAUACUAUCUAACUCCCGAAUGGCAUAAACUCUACAACUCCCGCGUGUGGAUAGACGCCGCAUCCCAAAUAUUCUUUUCACUGGGGCCCGGAUUCGGCACGCUCCUCGCCUUGUCCAGUUACAACAAAUUCAACAACAAUUGCUACAGGGAUGCGGUGUUAACGAGCAGUAUUAAUUGUCUCACGAGCUUCCUGGCAGGCUUCGUAAUAUUUUCAGUAUUGGGGUACAUGGCACACGUACAAAAUAAGAGUAUCGAAGAAGUUGGACUGGAAGGGCCAGGGUUGGUGUUCAUUGUAUAUCCGGAAGCAAUAGCCACAAUGAGUGGGUCCGUGUUCUGGUCCAUAAUAUUCUUCCUGAUGUUGAUAACUCUCGGCCUUGACAGUACUUUUGGAGGGUUGGAGGCAAUGAUAACGGCUUUGUGUGACGAGUAUCCGAAAGUUCUGGGUCGUCACCGAGAAAUAUUCGUCGCAGUACUUCUGUUUUGCAUUUACAUUUGUGCCUUGCCAACUACAACCUACGGGGGUGUGCAUUUGGUGAAUAUGCUGAACGUGUACGGACCAGGCCUCGCCAUAUUAUUCGUGGUUUUCGUUGAAGCAGCAGGUGUAUGUUGGAUCUAUGGCACCGACAACUUCGCACGAGACAUUGAGAAAAUGAUCGGACGUCGACCGGGAUUGUUUUGGAGACUCUGCUGGAAAUACAUCAGUCCCAUGUUCCUUCUAGUUAUCUUUGUGUUUUCACUGUUGAGUCACGAACAGAUGUUGGGAACGGAGUAUAAGUACCCCGAUUGGAGUAUGCACGUCGGUUAUGCUCUUACAGCCUCAUCAAUCAUAUGUAUUCCACUUUAUAUAAUAUACAAGUUUGCUGUGACCCCGGGAAGCUUAUUACUGAGAUGGAAAAUGAUAUGGAAAGCUGAGCACUCGUCCGAUAACAGCGCCCUGACAUACUGCGGAGGCACCGAAGUCUGACCUGAGAACAUGCCCAGGUCGUACACCAUUGAAUGGUUAGUUUAGACUUAAGAAUGUAAUUUUAAACCGGCAAAGUUUCAGCCAUACUUUGUCCGGUUUUUAAAUUUUCAUUUCGACUUUGCGUUGUUUUAGAUGUCGUUGUGCAAAAUGUUCUUAUAUUAACAUAUAUCGAUGUUACAAUAUUUGAAAUAAAUUUUAUGUCUACGUGAAUCAUACGUAAAUUGUACAAAUCAG